AUGAUGGAACCCUCUGAAGACUCAUUUGAGACGAUGAUGGAGCUUAAGAAUCCAUCAUCAAAACAAAUGGAGUCCUCCGAGGGCUCAUCCAACACCGUUGAAGAAGCACCAGGCAGCAGCGGGGCACAGGCGGAGGCACAGGUGGGCUCAGACAGUGGUCUGGCCCAGGAAGAAAAGGAGCCACCCAGUGGCCCCCUCCAGGAAAUGCAAGAGCUGCCCACUAACCUAAUCGAAGGCAUCGAGGAGCCAUCCAGUGGCCCCCUCCAGGAAAUAGACGACCAACCCAAUGAUCUACCCCAAGACAUGGAGGAAUCAAGUGAUGGUGGUACGAACCAGGAGUCGAGGUCGGAGCCACUCAGUGAGGCAUCCGAUUACAGCAUGGAUGAAACAACCAAUUCAUCCGAGACCCAGUCAGAUCAAGAUGAUACUGACCUUGGAGAUGAAGAGGAGGAGGAAAAUGAAGAUUCUGAAGAGCAUGUUCAGCCCAGGAGCGACCCAGAAGAAGUCAUAGUCUCGAUGGGGUCCAUCAUCUCGAUGUUCUUCAGGAUGCAGGACCUCAGAGAACAACAGAGAGUGGCAGAAAUAAUUAUGAUGCAAGCCAUCGACGAAGGGCGCCUCCCCCCUCUCAGGCCCUUCUCUGGAGACCGCAGAGACUACCAGGAGUUCAUCGUGCUCUGCCAGAUGACCAUGCAGAACUACCCAAGGAUGCUACACAACGAUCAGCUGCGGGUGGAAUUCGUCAUCCGCCACCUGACUGACCUAGCCUUAGAAUGGGCCAACAACCUGGUAGAACAGAACAGCCCCCUGAUAAACAACUUCUCAGCCUUCCUUGAGGCCAUGUCAGAAAUGUUCGAGUACCGACACACGCUGCGUGUGGCUGAAGAUGCCAUGUUCAACAUCAGGCAGGGCAGCCGCUGUGUUGCUGACUACAUCAAUGAGUUCCGGGGUCUGAUACCCACCUUAGGCUGGCCAGACGAAGUCCUGCAGGCCCAUCUAUGCCAGGGGCUCAAUGAAGAAAUCAGGCGUUAUCUGUUCCGGAUCCCUCAGCCGGAUUCCCUGGACAACCUGAUUGUGCUUGUCCUGCAACUCGAAGAGAAGCUGGCAGAGAGAAGGGCAUUACUCAGGCUGCCCCCUGAGUCCCGCCCAAGAAGCAUAGCUUGGAUGGAUGCACCUGCCCCGGAGAAGUGGCGGGUAAGCAGCUGGCUGCCCCGUGAGUUCCACCCAGACAUUCAUCGCAACCAUCUCUUCCUGCUGCUCUUGGUGAGAGUGAACCCCUACCACAGUGUCGCAGUGAAGGCCCUGCUGGACUCAGGAGCAGAGGGAAUCUACAUGGAUGAAAGGUUUGCCCAGGAACACUAUGUGGAACUCUAUGAGAAGCCUCGUCCACAGAGAAUCCACGGUAUGGAAGGCGCCCUGAUCCGCAAUGAACCUGUCUGGCUGUACACUGCGCCCCUGGUGUGUGUCCAACAGAAGCACUAUGAGUACAUUGAAUUUGACAUCCUACCUGCGCCCAAAUUCUCCAUCAUCUUAGGCAUGAAGUGGCUCCGAAUCCAUGCACCUGAAGUUGACUGGGGCAGAGGUCGUUGUACCUUCCACUCUCCCUACUGUCUGAAGAACUGCUUCACCCCACCUCCACCAUGCAUCGCACUAGAGAAAUACAGCAUGAGCCUGCUCCCCGGAUUGCCACACACAUACUCUGACCUGGCCGACGUGUUUAACCCGAAGGAGGCAGAUGAUGAGACUUCCGACCAGCCAAGCUCAGACGGAUCCGAUGAUCUUUCUGAAUCAGAGCCCUCUGAGCUUCAGCAGGCUGGAGACAGUGAUCAAAACGGCGUCCUUCUCGAGGGUAGGACUAGAGCGACUGUGGAAUCUGAGAAGGCGAAGAUGCAAGAAAAAGCCAGGCAGCAAGAGGAAUACUGGAUACUAUAUGACAUGCUGACCGACAGACAAGACUUCACACAGAUGGUACCAGAACUGUUUGACCAGUUACAUGGAGCUGCAUGGUUCACAAAACUGGAGCUGCUUGAGAUUCCCAAAAGCGAGAUGAGGUGUAGCGUCACACACACAGAAGACACAUGGAGGGCAUCGUUUGGUUUUGGCAUUCACCAGAUGAGAUGCUACAGGCCCUACACAAUAAACUCAUACUCUGAUGAAGGUAAUGGCAUUGUUCACAUUAUCCUAAAAGACGUCAUAGGUUACUUUGUGAUUUGCCAUGGCAGAGAGGUCCUGAUCUACUCAAUGAGCAGGGAGGAACACUCCCAGCAUGUUCGCCAAGUCCUGGUCCGCUUUCGGUAUCACAACAUCUACUGCUCACUGGACAAGACUCAGUUCCACCGUCAGACAGCAGAAAUCUUGGGCUUCUCCAUAUCCUCCAAAGGGGUGAAACUGAGCAAGAACCUCAUGAACCUCAUUGUGGGGUGCCCUGUCCCUGAGAGCAGGAGGUGUCUCCAAAGUGUGAUCGAGCUUGUCUAUCCUUAUAGACACUUCGUGGAGAACUUCUCUGUCAUCGCACAGCCCCUGGUGAGACAGCUGCUGAGUUCAGAGCCCUACUGCUGGGGAGAAGAGGAGCAGGAGGCCUUCGAAUCCCUAAAGAGGGCUUUCUGCAAGUCACCUGUUCUCCAUCACCCUAAGCCUCAGAACCCAUUCUACUUGGAAACAGGCAUCACUGGCUCAUUCCUACAUGCCUCCCUGGUCCAAACUGACUACGAAACCGGCAAAAAAGCUACCUGUGCUUUCUACUCAAGACCCCUGUCCACGAUGGAGGUGGAGUACCCUCAAGUGGAGAUGAGGAUCCUUCCAAUCCGGGCUGCCUUGAUGGUGUGGUGUCGCUACCUGGAGAACACCGAGGAGCCCAUCAUGAUCCUUCUCAACACAGAGGAUCUAGCCUCUCUGAAUAAUGACAGGCUCACCGUACUUCUCCCCGGGCAUUGGGUCUUCUUCUUUUCACACUUCAAUUUCAGCGUCAUGGAGAUGCCUGAUCCAGAUGAUGUCUACGCCCUGUACCGCAGAUGUUGGAACCAGAGAGGCUUCAGGGCAAGGUUUCUAAGGCCAUUGCUGCUUAUGGCCAUGAGGGCAAUUCAGAGGAACUCAGAGGAGGAGUUCGAGUCCCAGGGCUUGUCUGGGGGCUUCGAGGACAGUGAAGAAGAGCAGGAGCUGAAUCAGCAGAACGUGGUGCAGGAACUGCUGGCUGCCAUCCCGAUGGACCAGAUCUACCAUGGCUUCCUGGUCAACUUCAGCAUGACCCAGAUCCGGCAUAUCGUCCUAAAUUUCUUCCGUGGCAUGUUCUAUUGGAAGAGUGUCCUGGGUGUGGCAGCCCUCCUGGUGAUGUUGAGAGCGAGGCAGCCCCUCACCCCACUGCCUGCCCCCUCUUUGGAAGUGGCCAGGCCUCAGCACCGGCACACACUUCGACUUAUCCUGGACUCGACCCUCAUUGCGACUAGUGGCAUGGCCACGGCCAUCAUUCAGUUGUUCAACCAGAUGCCCCCUCUAGUGGGUGCCAACAUCCUCCCAGCUCGAGAGCUGGCUGAGCUGUUCCUGGGCCCGAGGUGCUGGCGGCGGAAUGCUCUGCACGCCCAACAUGGACGGGGGUUGCAAUUCACCCCUGGGUUCUGGUUGACCUUGUGUGAGUUCUUCGGGAUCAGAGUCAACCCUGAGGACGAUGUCUUCCCUGAGCCAUACCAGCAGCGGUACUUGGAACUGCACGUCGUUGGAGAUGAAGAUGUCGUCUUGCGAGAAGCCCUGCAAGACGACCUGCAACGUUACCGUCAGUGUGGCCUGCAUGACGGCCUGCAAGACACCUCGCAGGACGCGCAGGACAACGACGUGCAAGAGGACCUGCUUGGUGACCAAGAAGCGGUCACCCUCCGCCCACGAAAUCUGUUGGACCCAGAGGUCCUAGAUUUCCUCAACAACCGGCUACUCUACACCCUUGGCGCCGAUGGCCGCCUUACUCUGCUUAGCAGAGAUCAGGUGGCCCGGGCCCUCACACGAUUCCUGACCAUGGCCUACAGAAUGUCAGCAAUGCCUUUCCCAGCCAUAGAAAUGGCAAGGCUAGAAGAGAUAUCUGACUCGGAUGACGACGAACUUGACUGA